CUACACCAGGAGACCGGGCGACCUGCUGCUGUGGUGCUUCAGGCUUUCUUCUCACUGGACUACACCAUGCCUUGACUUCUGACCUCCUGGAUUGAAACUUCACGUCACCUACUCGACUGACGAGUCAAUUUCAGGGUGUCGACAGGUGCCAUAGGUGGCGACACUGAGCCACAACUGUCAACACGAACUGUCAUGAGAAGUUUCACCGCAACAAGCGACAAACGCGUCAGUUUGACCUGACAAUUGACUCUGUAGAUAAAACGCCGGGACGUUAACUCGACCCCAGGUCUGUUUGCAGAGUUUGGACCCUGGCCUCCAAGAACCAGCGACUUUGCUAACUGUAGCCACCAACUAGCUUGUGUGAAAGUCAAGCACCUGCCAGAGUUUACCAGGAGAAGAACGCCGUGGUUUUCAGGGGGAGCAACACAUAUCCGUGUUUACAACCGCCAAUGUGACGCGGUGUUAGCGGCGGCGUUACGGAAGUACCUUUCUGACGCCUUUGUAGAUGUAGAAGUAGAGCUCUCGGCCCACAUUGAAACAGAUCCUGUCGCCGUUGCCGGACUGGUCGUUGACGUUGACGAAGGAGACCUUGACCGGGUUCGAGCCCUGCGAGUUGAAAGGCACUCUGUUGGGGCGGCUGUAUUCGGACUGCGGCUCCCCACGCCCCCUGCUGGCCACACAACGAACUGCACAUACGUGAAACGUCGCGUACAUAUUUAUGAAUUGUAAACGCAAGGAAUUGCAUUCAGCUGUCAUGGUGGAAAUCAUGAGGCAGACCCAGGUAAGGGAACAGAAUGAAAUGGAGAAGAUUAGUGAUCAAUUCGAAAUGUAAGUUGCAAUGAAAUGCACAAAUAAGAUGAUCAAAUAUGAGCUAAUAUUAACGAAUGUUUCAUUAGUUUUCAAGAUUCAUUUCCAAAGACGUAUUUUUCUCCAUGUUCCGAAAGCCAGAGUGGUUUGCUCUCUCCGGGUCGGAGGAGAGUUCCUGCCCCAAGUGGGGGAGUUUAAGUAUCUCGGGUCUUGUUCUCGAGUGAGGGAAAAGGGGAGCGUGAGAUUGAUAGACGGGUUGGUGCAGCGGCAGCAGAUGACCCCGGAUGAGCGGCAGAAGAAGGUGAAGGUAAAGGUAAGGGAUUUUUCUCCAUGGGGAAAUAGCCAAAAAUAAAUCUGAACGUUCACUUAAAAGUCUCAUACAGAGUCGUAGUUUUGUUUUGCUUUCUUGAAUUUCACUUUUUAAUCACUAUGCGAAAUAAUUUCGCUUAUUUAAUUCAAUUAAACCCACGGAUGUGCAUUGUUUCUUGAGUCCCUAUGUCGCUAAAUAGAAAAUAAUAUCGUUGAAUCACGUGUUUGCCAUCAUCAAAACACCUGUUUGAGCCGAUGACGCGUUCGCCAACUCGCGUCACGUGUCGUGAUGGCGUGGAGGAGGAGAAGGAGGCAGCGGUCGCUAGGUAAAUCCACUUCGUCAAAUCUCUGUUGGCCACAGUAUGUUGUGAGUGACCCCUUGGGUCUGAUGAAAUGAACUGCUCCAGAGCACAGCGACAACCCUGGCGCCAGCAACGUGGACCAGCUGACUUUCAAAUACAUGGUGACCUCACUCCCGCACUCCUGCACCACGUGCUUGGUCUUGAUUCACCUGUCUCUCGUCAGAUGUGCAAAGUGGAAUCAAGCACGGAUUCUGACUCAGAGAUCAGUCCGAGAUGGUCCGACACCAGCACCAUGGGAUGCGCCAGCAGCGCACCAGAGAGUGGCAGCUUGAGACGGGUGUUGCCUCUUCACAAACCCUCAGCACGACACAGCUGUUAUUCUUUGAUCCGUACGAUGGAAGUUCUGAGGAUUCCGAGGAGGUCAACGUGGACGGGGACGUCUCCAGCAGGAGGGCCAGGACACAGGGAAGAGGAGGGGCUCGGUUCUCACGCCGAGGUCGACGGGUCCUCCUCCAUCACCCACCGGCUGUCAUGAGAAGCGGGGUGAGGGGCCCUGCAGGGGAGGUGGAUACGAGAUGUGCGAGCGAUCCAGAGCUGUGGGUGUGUGAGCUGCUCUCCCAGAACGGCUUGGCUGGGUCCCUCAGAGAAGACGUGGAGAUGAAAGGACAGCUGGAUGAUUCGGGGGUGCACACGUCGACGCCUCAUACUGACCUCACGACCAUGGGCCAGAUGUUGAGCAGCUCCUCGGAAAUCUCCCCGAAGCUCAGGUCGGACCAGAAGAGGAAGCUGGUGGUUUCUGGAGCUUACGUGCUGGAGCUGCAGCACAAGAAGCGACGGUGCAUGGAGGACAUGGAGGUGAUGUCCGCUUCGGAAGCCAGCUCCAGCUGUGUGGCCGUGAAGCUGAAAUGACCGUCCUGAACACCUUCAACUAACUAGUAAAAUGUAAUGUGGAGUGAAUGUUUGAUUUACAAGCCAAUGAUCUGUACAUAGAUUCAAGUUUGUGUGAUGAUGCUUGGCCAGAACAUACAUUUUAAGUGAACGUUGAUUAUGUUUUUGAAAAUAAGAAAAGGAUAUUAAAGGUUUCGUCCUCACAUCCAUCAAGGUUUGAAUAGUCUUUGGUUAAAAAGAUACAUUUCAUUUGACUGUUUAAAGGAAUUUACUUCCC